UUUACCACUGCAGGGGACCUCAGCCUUUCUGGCCUCACAGGAAACAACUCUAUUAAGUGGGUCCUUUACUGUAAUUCUUGUGAUCUACACUGAUUAUUCACUCUCUUCAAAAUGUUUUGCGGAGAAUACGUCCAAGGAACUAUCUUCCCAGCUCCAAAUUUCAAUCCUGUGAUGGAUGCCCAAAUGCUGGGGGGAGCCCUCCAAGGGUUUGACUGCAACAAAGACCUGCUGAUAGACAUACUAACACAACGCAGCAAUGCGCAGCGGCAGAUGAUAGCUGGGGCCUACCAGAGCAUGUACGGCCGGGACUUGAUUGCAGACCUGAAGGAGCAACUUUCAUCUCAUUUCAAAGAAGUGAUGGUGGGCCUGAUGUACCCUCCACCAUCUUACGAUGCUCAUGAACUCUGGCAUGCCAUGAAGGGAGCAGGCACCGAUGAGAAUUGCCUCAUUGAAAUAUUAGCUUCAAGAACAAAUGGGGAGAUUUUCCAGUUGCGAGAAGCCUACUGUUUACAAUACAACAAUAACCUUCAAGAGGACAUUUAUGCAGAAACCUCGGGACACUUCAGAGAUACUCUCAUGAACUUGAUCCAGGGUAACAGGGAGGAAGGAUACGCAGAUCCUGCAAUGGCUGCUCAGGAUGCCAUGGUGCUCUGGGAAGCCUGCCAGCAGAAGACUGGGGAACAUAAAACCAUGCUGCAGAUGAUCUUGUGCAACAAGAGCUACCCACAGCUCUGGCUGGUUUUCCAGGAAUUUCAAAAUAUUUCUGGUCAAGACCUGGUGGAUGCCAUCAAUGACUGUUACGAUGGCUACUUCCAGGAGCUGCUGGUUGCAAUUGUUCGCUGUGUCCAGGACAAAGCAAGCUAUUUUGCUUAUAAAUUAUACAGAGCAAUCCAUGACUUUGGCUUCCACAAUAAAACUGUCAUCAGGAUUCUAAUUGCCAGAAGUGAAAUAGAUCUGAUGACCAUAAGAAAACGUUACAAAGAGAGAUUUGGAAAAUCUCUCUUUCAUGAUAUCAGAAAUUUUGCUUCAGGGCACUAUGAGAAAGCACUGCUUGCCAUCUGUGCUGGUGAUGUAGAAGACUACUAAAAUACAUCAAAAAGGGGAAGAUUUGAAGGUCAUGAAAUCUUCUUCAUACAUACCUCAGACAUAGAUUGUUGGAUCUGUGCUGUUAUUGACUCUGAAACAAAGCUAGAGAAUCCUAUUCUUCUUCUGUCUCUAAAAUUAUUGAGAUGAGAAAAAAAAAAUCUACCGUUGAAGAAUGUCAUCCUGGAUUUGCACCCCUUGCUCCAUUAGUAAUUAAUUAAAUUGUGUAUGGUGGAAUAAGAAAA